CGAAACCAAACCCUCUUGGAGGAGCGAGGACAGGAAGCGGGGAGGAGAAGAGAGGAGAGGAGAGGAGAGGAGAGGAGAGGAGAGGAGAGGAGAGGAGAGGAGAGGAGACGACGGGACAGGAGAGGAGGUGAUAGGAGAGGACAGGAGACGAUAGAAGGUUCAAGGCUUGAGGUUGCUGCGCAGAAACAGAAAUCAGACUGCACUUUGCCACACGGUUCCUCUCGUUCUAGCAAUGCGGUUGGCAGCGACCUGUCGGAUGUUGCAGACAGCAGCGAAGGCUUGCUCUCGAGCAGGUCCUCUUCAGCGUUCUUCCGUACUGCUCCCUUCUCGGGUCCUCCAACACAACGCUUCCAGGGCGUUGUCUGGGGUGAACUGGGAUCGUUUGUCGGCACCGAAGAACAGCAAUGCCCCUCCUCUUCCCCACCAGACUCCUUCCCCCGAUGCAUACCAGCAGCAGCAGGCGUACAAUACUCCUCCUGCGACAGCUCCGGGGCAGAUCGUACCUCUCAACAACCUUCCGCCACCUCAGAUUCGAGCAUGCUUGGAGUCGCUGCUCAGUGAGCCCUACCUUGCCGUGCAGCGGAGGCUUGAGCUCGGGACGAUCCUUGUUGGCUUCGAACAGGCCAAUCAUUACACCCUCUACAACAGGCUGGGCCAAAUCGUCGGAUACAUGGCAGAGGAGUCAUCGCUGGGGAAGACAGUCGUGCGGCAGCUUGCUCGAACUCACCGUCCCUUCACCGCCACCAUCAUGGACCCGCACGGUAACAUCUUGAUCAGGAUCAACAGGCCCUUCUACUGGGUCUCCAGCUCCUUGCGAGUCCAGGAUGCGCAGUUCAACGAGAUCGGGGAGGUCCACAUGAACUGGCACCUGUGGCGACGCAAGUACAACCUUUACAGCAACCAGGCUCAGUUCGCCAUGAUCGACGCUCCCCUCCUCUCCUGGGAGUUCACCCUGGAGGACGAGGAGGGGAGGGCGCUCGCUGCCGUCGACAAGAACUUUGCAGGACUGAGCACGAUCGUUCAGACGCUCUUCACCGAUGCUCAUACGUACAUCGUUCAUCUAGACCCUGCUAGCCCGCUGUAUGACUUUGGGGCUCGCAUGACGUACCAGUCCACAGCAAAGAACCCGUCCACUACAUCAGAACGAGCGCAGCUUCCUCCAGGAUGGGAAGAGAAGCAAGACCCUCAGGGUCGCACGUACUACGUCGAUCACAACACGAGAACAACCCAGUGGAGUCCUCCUAUGGUAGCCCAGAGCCCAGGAGACCUGCUUGCCCGCCCGGUGAUAGGAAGGGCGCUCACGGUGGAGGAGAAGGCAACGGUCCUAGCAUGCGCCGUCUCCAUCGACUUCGACUACUUCAGCCGGCACAGCGGAGGAGGCGUCCCUUUCCCCUUCUUCAUCCCCAUCGGAGGAGGAGGAGGAGCAGACGGUGCAGAAGCGGCUGGAGGAGCGGCUGGUGGCGCAGCGGCAGGUGCAGCUGGGAGUGCAGCAGAAGCGAGUCAGGGCGGCGCGACAUCGGGAGGUGGUGAUGGGGCCGGCGGCUUCUUCGGCGGUGGUGUUGGUGAAGGAGGAGGCAACCAGGGAGUUCCAGAAGGAGAGGAGGUGUGGGGGGAGGACGCAGAGGUGUGGAAGGGGGAUCAAGGAGGAGAUUCCGGAGGAGGAGGGCUGUUCGAGACCGUCAAGGACAUCCUGGGCAAUCUGACGGGGCUGGGAGACUAA